AUGGCCCGCCGAUCAAAGAGGGCCGAGCGCCGAGCACAGAGGGCCGCCGAGCUCCGAUACCCCCCCGAAAACAAAGUCGAAAUGAUUUUUCGGGAAUACCCAUGCAAGGUCUCUCGUUUUCUGGAGACCCAUGGAAUCCCUAACGUGCUCUGGGGAGAACUUGUGAUGAAUAUGUUUCUCAUUCCCGUCGUGCCAGACGGCAUCUACUUCAUCAUCCCCGAUGAACAUAUCGAGAAAGCACGCGACCUCCUGGUGGCAGCCGGCUUCCCCCCCUGCCAGCUGGGGAAGUAUUGCGGCUUCGACUGGCCCAAGUCUACCCAUGCGAUCCCCUACGCGCACUUCAAUAUCAUAGACUGCGGUCCCUUAGAUUACUCCAAACCCGAGGAGUAUGGUCCAAAUCCCCGCCAAUGGUAUACGCUGGAACUCUACAAGAAGUCCGAGAUGCUGUGGGGAGCGCCCGAGAUCCCACUCGGCCCACCUCCCCCGAACGACCCAGACUACUGGACGAUCAAUGAUGAGCGUCUUCCAGAAGUCAACAGGGCGUUCCAGCAAGGCCGCGUUGUUGACGCGGAUUAUCCGGUCAAGAUCCCCUCGCCAGCGCGCUACGCCGAGAUGCUGACCCUCUUGUUCUUCCGGGACAAUUACCCGGAAGAGACUUUCAGAGGGAGCUACUGGGAUUAUUUGCUGAUAGACAUGCACACCGUGUUGCAGAAGCACCGCCUCUUCGAGAUGAAGGACCUUCCGCCUCGUACUCGAAGCUGGUUCAAAAUUCUGCUCGAAACCCCAGAGGAAAGAGUGUAUGGGGAUGCCGAGGAAAGGUUUGGGGAGGAGAUGAGGAAGUCGGGCGAGGUGCCCGAAAAAAGUCCCUGGCCGUCGGAACAAACGAUGCCGCCUGGAUGGCGUGAAGAGCUUAAACGGUGGGAUGAGGAGGAAGAGCAGAGGAAAAAGAAGAAGGAGGAGGAAGAGCAGAUGAGGAAGAAAGAAGAAGAGGUGAAAGAGGAGCAGAAUGCGUGA